AUGUUGGAGUUCGAAGCCUGCCGUGGUGGCGGCGAAGCGCCCGACUGUCCAGGAGCUUUCAGAACACUUCGAAGAAGAGUGGGAGAGAGAGCAGAAGGAUUGUCGAGAGAAGUUGGCUCUAUUGGGUUCCAGUCUGCUGGAGGCGCUUGUAGAAGCCAUGUGACCUUGGAGACUUCUUUUUCAUUUGGCAGGCGCCUGGCAUGCGCUUGGCCACCGUGGCGUGGCCGUUUCACCGGUACUUCUGGGGCCAAUCGGUGCCCCGCUCGGUGUGUGGCGAAGAGAGGUGGCCUGACCACGUCCUUCAAGGCCAUUUUCUUCGGCUCCAUCUUGUUGAUCUCCGUGGUCUUUGUGUGGGCCAUCGUCACGGUGGAAAUCAUCCAUCCAGUGAAUGUGGAGAUACCCUACAUGGAUAGCAACUACACCUCGCCGUGCCCGCAAUGUGCAUCGGGCUUUGCCACCGUUUAUCGCGCAUCCUUGACGCUCUUUUCCCAGAUUGUGGCGGGCGAUGCCUGGGGUCAGAUCUCGCCGCCCUUAGCGCAUGCGGCGCCAUGGACCGCUCCGAUCUUGUUUGGUAUCAUGAUGACGAUUUCACUGGGUGUGAUGAAUCUCAUCCUCGCUGUGAUCGUUGAGAAAGCUGCCGAAGCACGUCAGACUGACUUGGACAAGAAGUUGAUGCAGAAGGACCAAGUGCGGGAAAGGAAUAUGGUGGAGUUGGCCCUGAUGUGUGAUCGGAUGGACAAGGAUGGCAGCGGGGCGCUUUCUUUAGAGGAGAUGAUGGAUGGAUAUGCCAAUGACAAGAAGUUCUACAGCGUGAUGCAAGGGGCCGGAGUCGAAAAGGAUGACUUGCAAACGAUGUUCAAUGUGCUGGACACCAACGAUUCUGGUGAAGUGGACUAUGUGGAAUUCUGCAAUCAGCUGGGCAAGUGCCAGAAGACCGAUCCCUUAAUGGUGGCCUCGAUGACCAGGUAUUCAGUGAUGGAGCUGAAGAAGAUCAUUCGAUCCGAAGUCAUCGAGGCGCUGAAAGAGCAGAAGCAGAUGAUGCAAGAUCAGCUGGAACUCUUUCGGCAGAUUCCCAGCUGCCAAGAGGCCACUGAACAGCUGCAUCACAAAUGGUCUCGCCGAAAGCCGCUGAAGCGUCAGAACCACGAGGGUGAGUUGACGGCCCUCGGCGAGUACGAUCGAAAGAUCCAAGCGGAGCUGGAGCAACUUCUGGUUUGGGCACGACAACUCCGUUUAGAGGCACCGAGCAAUCUCAGCUUGGUCUCGCCGAGCAACGUGAGUCUGAGCCCAUCGAUCUCGCAGGUGUCGGCUUCGGCCGCUUCCGGAAGCGGUGGGCUGAGAAUGGAUCCCAAGCAGCAGUGGUUUGAGAUCGGCCGGCGCUUCAAGGAGCUUUCAGAUCACUUCGAAGAACACCUGGAGAGGGAGAAGGCGAUGCACCAGCAAUGCCAUGACAUCUUGUCCACCUUGAGCUCCAUCCUGCAGGAGCACCGGGUACUUGUCUCUGAAGAGAUGUGA